GAAGUGUGGGUGGUGUGCGGCAGUCUCUCGUCGGCUGAGGUCAUUACCAGGUGGACCCAUAUCUCUCAACACUACACCAUGGCUAACCGUAUGCGUCCAGGCGUGGUCAAGUACGGAAGCCACAAACAUGACGACGGAACACACUACGUCGGCGACUGGAACGAGAAGGGCCAGAAACAUGGUAUGGGUCAUCUCGCCCUCCUUGAUGGCACCCGCUACGACGGUUCCUUUGAGAAUGGCCUCUUUAACGGGUUAGGAGUCAUCUUCUUCCCUGAUGGUGCCAGGUAUGAAGGUGAAUUUAUGCAGGGUUGGUUCCAUGGCCAUGGAAUAUUCUGGAGGAACGACAACAUGAGAUUUGAGGGAGAGUUCCGAGGUGGUCGCAUAUGGGGUCAUGGACUCGUGACAUAUGCAGACGGCUCCAAUGGAUUUCCUCGCAAUGAAGGUUUCUUCCAAGACUGUCGGUUUAUGCGCAAGACCCGUUGCCCACAAGUGAUUCAGCGUGCACAGAAAGUGGCUCACAUUGCCCGUGCGCAAAUGGACCAGUAGCCCACUUUCAAGCUAUUCCCUUAAAUCAUCUACAACUGAACUCAUGAGCUUUUAAUUCCAGAAUUGUGAUAAAUAAAUUAAACUUUUAAUCUUAUUAGAAUAAAUCUGUUACAUAACUAUUCGGAAACAGUUACUGUCAUUACUUAUUAUUACACAAUUCUAUACUAUACACGAAUACUGUACAGUAAACACUGUACUUACAGUCCAUUCCGUUGAGUUUACAGGUAUAUUUAUACACCACCUGGACUCCCUAAAACAAAUUAUGUUUUCAAUUGAUAAAUAAAAGAAACCUUCUAAACAGCUAUUUAUAAUAAUUAUUCAGAUAAAAGGAAAUGUAGAAUAAAAAAUUUACUACCCAGUAAGAGGUGGUCCAACAAAUUUGCCAGAGGAGUCCACUGACCCAAACAGGUAAUACAGGCAGCCAAAGGCAUUUAUGACUUGAAAGAGUGUAAAGUAUCUCUCAACUGAAAACCUUGGGACCAAAAGGCUUCCAUAAAAUAAUUACAUAGUGGAUACCAGUAUGUACACGUAUCUAAGGAAAGCAUGUAAUAAACCAUAGUAUAUGUACUUGUGUCAGUAUCUUUAUACAGUAUUAUUAGUUUCUACAAAUACUGUUCAGUAUCUGAACACUAACUUAGCUCAUAAUUCUCAAAAUCUCAAUGUUAUCAAGUCUCUAAAUAAGCUUUCAAUGUGUACUCAUUCACUUACAAUUUCCACAUUACUUACUCCUCAAACUCAUGUGAAGUAGACUCAUUACUCACACCACCACACACACUUUCACUGAACCAGCUGCCCGAUUGUGUAAUUUCUCCUUAUUUACUCAUAAGUAAUAUGUUGAAAAAUAAAGAAAAUUUUAUAUUUUUAAAUUUCAUAUUUCGAAUGUUCAAAACUUUCAUGAAAUAGAUUGAAUCAAUUUUUUGGUCAACAGAUACACCUGGGUCUCAACAUAUGUGGAUUCACUUAUGUGCAAGGACCCAAUUUCUACCACCCCUUGGUUUAUGAAAGAAAAAUUUGCCCUUAUGCAAGCUGGUGUAAACCAGUAUGCUGUGGCCUCUAGUGCAAGAAAACCAUUAAAUAUACUUUUAAUA